GGAGCGGUCGCUGCGUAUUUUCAAAUUCGUAAUAUCGUGGCUCGAUCGUAAUUUGACAGUUUGAAAGAAAUUAAAAGUUACAUUGAAUUUCAGUUUCGACGCUGUACUGCAAAAAGUUGGAUUAAGUACAUAUUUUCUGUGUGUUUUGUGUGUAAGGUUUUCAAUUGAAUAAUUUUGCAUAGUGAAAACUCGGCAGACAGCGGGUUGACUUAGUGAAUUAAAAAAGUAACCUACAUCCUUGUCGGCGAAUACGGCUCUUCGAAGUGAAAGUUAAAACUUUUUUCUACUGCUUCCGUAUUUGGACUUUACAGAAGCCAUUCAAAAUAAACAUCGUUUGGACGAUUUACAGUCGUUGCAGUAAUUGAAAAAGUUUGAAACGCUCAUGGGAAAUAGCAGUUGUGUGACCCGAAAACUGUGAUAGAAAUAAACGAUUAAGCGGAAGACUUAUCUCGUGUGAAGUCCGAACAGAGAAUGAUUAAUAUCUCGUAUGUGAGAAUGCGUUUUUGGGCGCGUUAGAUUUUUCUUGGCGUUUUCCGUGUUUUUUCCGGGCUUAUGAGGGAAAGAAGGUCCUUGCCGAUCAGCAGCGAAGUGGCGUUGAAGAGUGAUAAAGAUGGAACUGGGAAACUGGUAGUGAACUCUGUUAUAUGUGGUGUGGUAGAUGAACUGUCAAACGGUAGGACAGGCAGGCGAGGGUCGUGGGUUCGACACGCAGUCAUGGGAGUGCUCAGGUGGAAAGAUUUGACGGGGGUGAGGACAAGCACACCUACAGAACAAAAAGAGGUGCCAAGACCAGAGACCCGAGCUCACUUGCCAGUGGGUAGAGUGACUGAGAGGCACUCCUACAGCGAGGGUCGGGUUCCGGCUCCCCAUGUCCCCCCACCUUCGCCUGGGGCGACGGCGGCGCAGCACCGCGUGGCCGCCGCGUGCCAGGCUAGUCGGAGACUUCUGGAGGAAACCUUAGCUAAACCAGGGACCCCACCUUCGAUAGUGCAACCCCCGAGUGGUGGUUAUUGGGUGGAUGGGAUAGAAGACGCCCAGGAUGGAGAAGAGGAACCCAGGGCCCAACCGGGGACCCCCCGACAGGCGGGGAGACGGCACAACAUCGACACAGACGACACAGCCAAAUACUACAGACGAUUUUUCCUCGGCAAAGAACACAUCAAUCUGGUUGGAACAGACGAAGCCCUAGGCCCAGUGGUCAUGUCCCUGAAGAAUGAACACGUGGCAGGACAGGACCACACGAGGAUAUUGUUGCGGCUUAAAACUGAGACAAUGCACGGACUUAUACCCACCACUAGAUCAAGCAUGGUCCCGUCGAAAAUGGCAAAAAUGCUGAACGACCAAGUGAACGUGGACAAUUUCACCGCGGUGAUGAGUCUGAACGCGUCUCAGCAAAUCGCGGCAUACGACGAACAUGUGCUGGUGAACAGUUUCAAGUUCGGAGUCCUGUAUCAGAAGUACGGACAGACCACGGAGGAAGAACUGUUUGGGAAUAAUGAAACGUCGCCAGCGUUCGAUGAGUUCUUAGAAUUGCUGGGGCAGCGGAUCAAGUUGAAAGAUCAUAAAGGCUACCGAGGAGGUUUGGACAUAAUGAACGGUCACACUGGCACCGAAGCGGUGUACGAGCAGCACUACAAUAGGGAGAUCAUGUUCCACGUCGCCCCGCUCCUGCCCCACACGGCUGGAGACGCGCAGCAGUUGCAGAGAAAACGACACGUUGGCAACGAUAUUGUUGCUAUUGUUUUUCAGGAAAAGCCCACCCCUUUCACCCCGGAUAUGAUCGCGUCGCAUUUCCUGCACGCUUUCAUCGUUGUCACACCUAUUGAGACGGCCGGCGGGGAGACCAGGUACAAAGUGGCCGUCACCGCACGAGUAGACGUACCAUUCUUCGGGCCGACUCUCCCUCAACCGCCAAUCUUCCGCAAAGGUCGUGAACUGAAAGAAUUCCUCCUUACCAAGUUGAUCAAUGCCGAGAACGCGUGCUACAAAGCUGAGAAAUUCGCUCAAUUGGAACUACGAACGCGGGCAUCGUUGCUGCAAAACUUGGCAGAAGAAUUGAAGAAUAAGACGAAUGAGUUCCUUGGUACAGGGGUGAGGAUAGAAACGGGGGCGGUUUCGCCUCAGCCGGAAUUGACGCCUAAGCAAGACGGACCAGGCGCGAGGUUCAUCGAUACAGUCAAGAAGGCGCUUAUUUCUAAAGUCAGUUCUAGAUCUCCGAGUGUAGACACGAAUCUCUCUGGCGACAGCAAUAAGGUGUCUUUCAACAAAAACAAAAUGCCGCCCCAUGAGACACACACUCCCAAUAGCGGGCGCUCCAAAUCAUCAAUCGCGUCAUCAUCAGCGAGCGCGGUUUCAGUACGAUCCGCGGGAGGUUCCGGCGAGUCCUCCCCGGACGUGACGUCACGCGCCGCCGCUCCCCGCCCGCCGCUAGACCACAGCGACGACUCCAGCUUGAACUCCGUCGACUUGGACCCGCUUGGUGCAGUAUACGUAGACAGCGACACUGGUUUGGAGUCUAUGUCGUCGGCGGAGGCGGGCGCGGCCAACACGCGCGGCGAGCCGAUGGCCGCGCCCAGAGCUGACGCCGAGCAGCUGAGGCAAGAAGUCUGCCGGCUCAAGAACGAUAAACUGGACCUGCUUAAACAGAAUAUUACAUGGCAAAAUGAGAUCAAAUGCCUGCGUGAGAGGGAGAUGACUCUACAAGCCGAGCUUGCCGCUACCGCUCGCGAAGUCCGAAGACUUAGGGAACAACAGGCCGCCGGGACCAUCAUCCCUAAUCCUUCUACACACGACUCCAACGCUUAGACUGCAUCGACAUUCUUGGUAUUCAAUAAUAACCUUUAUUGCAUUUCAAUAAAGCAUAGCCACUUAAAAAUAAUCAACACGAUUCCUUUUUUAUUUGGCGGCGAAAGAUCUGAAAAAUCUCAAAGAAACAAAAAGAUAAUAUCUUUUCUAUUAAGUAAAAAUGAGACGAAAAGAUGGCACUGACUGAAGAAGUAAGAAUAAGAUGUGCUGGGAUUUAUUUUGAUUUCGGUCUACAUUAAAAUAGAACGUUUAACUUUAGUUAAGAUCAGUUGAUGUUCUAUAGUAUAAACUCGAUGUUGAAUUAUAAUAAUAAGUUCAUUAAUCGCUUGGCUGAAAAACGAAUGUUUUUAGUUUUUUAGUAACGCACCUUAGGACGAACUUUCUAUGAUUAGUUCAAAGUAGUUACAUGUGCAAAUGUUUGUGCAAUAUUUCCUUUUCACUGCAAGAUGAUAUAUCUAUAUUAUUUCAUCUGAAUAUUUAUCUUCCUAGAUAUUAAUAGAUAAAUCCAUUGAGCUAUAAUUUUACGGACUCUACUGUGCUUACCAAACAUUGGUACAAUGAGCAAAUUGUGGAAGGUAAAUCUAUUAGUUUCAAAAUAACAGAACUUAUUAAAAAAAAUGUGUUCAUCAUUAUAUUUUAUUCAUUAAUUUAAAUAUAUUUUAUUACUAUAUGUAACGUAACAUCUUUAGUUUAAGUCAAGUGGAUUUAUCUAUAGCCUAUAUGUAUAUUUACCAGACUGUCCCAGUUCAUAUUUCAUAAGUCAAAGCUUGACUGACAUUUUGUAACACUAAAGUAAUAGAAAAACGAAUUUCUAUUUAGCUAAUUAGAGAGAAUAUAAUUCGAAUCUUUUUAUAUGUCGUUAUACCAAAACUGAUUUGUAUAUGUCUACUAUGAGCUAAAUGCUUUGUAAAUGUUGUGAUAUUGUAGACAUAACACUUCAUAAACCUUUACAUAUAUUGCAGUAAAUAAGUAUUUAUGAUAACUUUAUAUAGCGUAUUGUAUAUGUAUAGUAACUGCCAAGUUAGAUGAAAAUAUAAAAGUCUUUUCCCUUUCGCUCACGCCAGUUUUGUAAUGCUAUCUUGCUCGCACUUUGUAAUCCUAUCUAAAAUAGUACCAAACAACAAAGAGUAACAGAGAUAAAUAACAUAUUAUUUGCUAUUGAUAUCUCGCCUGGCAGUUACAUACUAAGUUGAAACUAUUGUAAUGUUAGUAAAAUCUUGUACGCGCAAAAUAAUUAUUUACCUAAAAUAGAUGAUUUAUACUUAUAUAACAUUAUUUUUACUCCAAAUUAUGUGUAACAUAAAUAUGUGCACGCCGAACUUACAUCACAAAAAAUUGAUUGCCUUUUGAUUAUUUCUAAAGUGACUUAUCAUUGGUACUUCUUUUGAUUCAAAGAUUAUAUAAUUCGAUAGAUAAUUGCUUUCGCGUGGUUAGUAUCUACCUAUUGCAAUUUGUCUAAUAUCGUGUUAUAAUUUGACGAUAAAAAAUAUUUGUUGUAUCUUAGAAAAGAACUUAAAUAUUAUGCAAAUGUGUAAAAAAAGAAAAAAAAUUGUAAUCACAAAUGAUAUGUAUUUGAAAUUUUAAACAUGGAAAUUAGGAUUUAGUAUGAAACGGUACCUAUUAAAUAAGCCUUGAUUAUUUAGGGAGCCUAUAACUAUGUGGUGCAUUAGAUGAUUAUUAUAUCCUGAUACUAUGUUGCAUAGUCGAAUAUGUAUAAAAAAUACCCAGUUCAUUUAUGUAUAGUAUAGUUUUUGCACCGUGCAAUUUUCUCUUCAAAUCAAUGACCAAUAACAAAUGUUCUCUUUUUAGACUGGCAAUUCGCUUGUAUGUUUGUUUACGAUUUAAUAACAGUAAAAAAUAUUCAAAAUUGAUAAUAAUACAUAUUUAUACUUAGUUUAUUUGAAGGUUUUAAGAAAACGUCAAAAAGUAAAAAGUUGUUAAAAAGUAAUUCUUAAUCGGUAGAUGUUUUGGAAAUGAUAUUUCGACUUUCAUAAGUACAUUAAAGCAAAAUUAAAAGAACUAUCAAACUAUCAAAAAACUACAGAUUCCGAAAAUCACAUGUACAUGUUAUAACCAUUAUUGUAUUGCAGUUUAACCUACAACAAUCAACUAAUCGUAAACAAAUUUACCAGUAACAUUCCUGUCUUAUAAAUAUUUAAGUUCGCCAGUUGCUGUAAAUAUAACUUUACUGGUAGUAGGGUAUUAAUUAAACAGUAUUUUUUUCUUAAUUUAUGCUUGAUUUAAGUCUCGUUCGUCGAGUGUCUUUGAGUUUUAAUGUUAUGUUGUUUAUAAUUAAUAUUUUAUACCAAAGUUAACAUUCCCCACUAAAUAGUAUAGUUUAUUAUUAUUUCAGUAAAGAUGAACCAGUAUUUUCAACGCUGUUCAGGUUGAAAAUCUUUAAAAGGUCUGUUGGACUUCAAAGUUUAAUUAUCCUACCAAAUCCAGUCUUCAUUGGCCAGAAUUAAAUUAAAAAAAAAGAUUAUUGUUUUAAUAACAAUAGUAAUAAUUAACAAAUAUGAAGAAUAAUUUGACUUCCUAUGUAAAGAGGCUAAAAUACAGUUUCAGGUAUACUCCCAAAUUGUUAUAAGGAACAACAUUUGAUUCUGGUUAUAUUUUCAACCUGAAUAGAACUAGAUGGAGCACUCUAACACCUUAUCUAAGUUUACAUUUAGUUCUUACAUUAAAUGUAAUAAUUUGGAUUUUGUUCAACUGUUAUUUUAACUAACUGUUGAUUGUCGUCACUUAGACUUAAACCAAAUAUUGCGAGCGCGGAGCGUUAGAAGAAAUAGUUUAAAAUUUUAAGAGAUCCUAUUGAAAUAUAUGAAUAGUUAAUACUAAAUA